UCCGUCUCUGCAAACAGGGUCGGAGUGAGACCUCCUGCUCCCGGUGCCGCGGAAACACGGUCGGAGUGAGACCUCCUGCUCCCGGUGCCGUGGAAACAGGGUCGGAGUGAGACCUCCCGCUCCCGGUGCCGUGAAACAGGGUCGGAGUGAGACCUCCCGCUCCCGGUGCCGUGGAAACAGGGUCGGAGUGAGACCUCCCGCUCCCGGUGCCGUGAAACAGAGUCGGAGUGAGACCUCCUGCUCCCGGUGCCGUGGAAACAGGGUCGGAGUGAGACCUCCCGCUCCCGGUGCCGUGAAACAGAGUCGGAGUGAGACCUCCUGCUCCCGGUGCCGCGGAAACAGGGUCGGAGUGAGACCUCCCGCUCCCGGUGCCGUGAAACAGAGUCGGAGUGAGACCUCCUGCUCCCGGUGCCGUGGAAACAGGGUCGGAGUGAGACCUCCUGCUCCCGGUGCUCUGACAGCUGUGUGUGUUACGGAAGACAUUUUGAGCUGUCGGUGCGGUCCGUUUAUCCGUGAGUGUCGGCCUGAAUCCGGGACUGGAUUCUUGGAGAGUCGGUCUCCGGACGGAGCAGCGAACAGACCGAAUUUAACGGAAGAAGAAGAAAAAAACGCCCAUAGUUUAACCGGCGUAUGUGUAGCAAAGCUAGCUAGCUUAGCCAGCCACCAAAGCUAUCCGAGUCCUAGAUGCUAGUUAGUUAGCCUUACCUAGCUUCCUCCUCCUCCUCCUUCACCUCCUCCUCCUCCUCCUCCUCCUCCUCGACAGCCGGUCCCUUCUCCGCAGACACAAUGGCUUUAAAACGAAUUUCUAAGGAGUUGACCGAUCUGUCCAGAGAUCCUCCGGCUCAGUGCUCAGCUGGACCGGUUGGUGAAGACAUGUUUCAUUGGCAGGCGACUAUUAUGGGGCCUCCCGACAGUCCCUACCAGGGCGGCGUCUUCUUCCUCACCAUCCAUUUCCCCACAGAUUAUCCCUUCAAACCCCCCAAGGUCGCGUUCACAACAAGAAUCUAUCACCCAAAUAUUAACAGUAACGGCAGCAUCUGCUUGGAUAUAUUGAGAUCACAGUGGUCUCCAGCAUUAACCAUCUCUAAAGUCCUUUUGUCCAUUUGUUCUCUGUUAUGUGACCCGAACCCUGAUGACCCGUUAGUGCCAGAGAUCGCUCGUAUCUACAAAACAGACCCCGUACGGUACAACAGACUAGCCCGAGAGUGGACAGAGAAGUAUGCCAUGCUGUGAGGGUACAACAAGACAGCUCAGGACUGGACUCAGAAAUACGCCAUGUGACCCGCCUCCUGUUUCACUUUGCCCCAAGGCCACGCCCCUUAUCCCUUACCCCACCUGUUCCCAUGGCCACGGCCACGCCCCCUCACUCUCACACCUGUCCCGAGGCCACACCUCCUCUCUCAUCCACCUCCUCUUGGCCACGCCCCCUGUCUCUUUUAAAGCUUUUAAAUUCUGGGUUUUCUUGUGAAGGACUCUGAGCUGUGAAUGUGCCAACCGCAAAUCAAACGAAGCCGAGUGGACGGUGAGGAGAGACCAGGUCUAAUGCAUGUCCCUGAUUGGUCCACGUUUAAAAGGCUUCUUCUUCUUGUCUUGGUUUCUUCUUCUUCUUCUUUUGGUUUUGUUUGUUUUUAGCCGAGAGCCGUUAGUUCAUCCUUCAUCCAACACUGUUCUCCUCUUUUUGCACUGGAAAAGAAACGAAGCUCAACGGCUGAUCGAUCAACUAAAAGCUCUGUGAUGUUUUUCUCAAUAAAGUUGAACAAACUGCA